UCAAGUGCCCGGACCCAAAACAGGAAGUUUGAGUAUGAGCACAGUUGAAGAAGAGUCUGACACAGUGACAGUAGAAACCGUGAACUCUGUGACUUUGACUCAGGACACUGAAGGAAAUCUUAUACUUCAUUGCCCUCAAAAUGAAACUGAUGAAGUAGACUCUGAAGACAGCACUGAACCUCCACAGAAGAGGCUUUGCUUAUCAGAGGAUGAUCAAAGCCUGGAUGAUUCCACCCCAUGCAUUUCUGUUGUUGCAGUUCCAAUUUCAGAAAAUGAUCAGAGCUUUGAGGUGACCAUGACUGCUACCACUGAGGUAGCUGAAGAUGAGAUUGAUGAAGGGACUGUUACUCAGAUCCAGAUUCUUCAGAACGAACAACUGGAUGAAAUCUCCCCAGUGGGCAAUGAAGAAGUGUCAGCUGUCAGUCAAGCUUGGUUCACAACCAAAGAGGAUAAGGAUUCUCUGACAAAUAAAGGCCAUAAGUGGAAGCAAGGGAUGUGGUCAAAGGAAGAAAUUGACAUUUUGAUGAGUAACAUUGAGCGUUAUUUAAAGGCCCGUGGAAUAAAAGAUGCCACUGAAAUUAUAUUUGAAAUGUCAAAAGAUGAAAGGAAAGAUUUCUACAGGACAAUAGCUUGGGGUCUGAACCGGCCUCUCUUUGCUGUCUAUAGAAGAGUUCUUCGCAUGUACGAUGACAGAAACCAUGUUGGAAAGUAUACUCCUGAGGAAAUUGAAAAACUUAAAGAGCUGAGAGUAAAGCAUGGUAACGAUUGGGCCACAAUAGGAGCUGCACUGGGGAGAAGUGCUUCAUCUGUAAAAGAUCGAUGUAGGCUGAUGAAGGAUACCUGCAACACAGGAAAGUGGACAGAGAAAGAAGAAAAAAGGCUAGCAGAAGUAGUGCAUGAGCUCACGAGCACAGAACCAGGUGACAUCGUCACACAAGGUGUCUCAUGGGCGGCUGUGGCUGAACGGGUCGGGACACGCUCUGAAAAGCAAUGCCGCUCGAAGUGGCUCAACUAUCUCAACUGGAAACAAAGUGGGGGCACUGAGUGGACCAAGGAAGAUGAAAUAAAUCUGAUCCUGAGGAUAGCGGAACUCGAAGUUUCUGAUGAAAAUGACAUCAACUGGGAUUUACUAGCGGAAGGAUGGAGUAGUGUCCGCUCACCACAGUGGCUUCGGAGUAAAUGGUGGACCAUUAAAAGACAGAUUGCAAACCACAAAGAUGUGUCAUUCCCUGUGCUGAUAAAGGGUCUUAAACAACUUCAUGAGAACCAAAAAUCCAAUCCAGGACACCAGCUUUCAGAGAACAAAUCUGGAAGUGGAUUAGCAAACCCUAAUUCCAGUUCAGGCGUUCAGCACGUGCAGAUUCGAGUGGCUCGCCUAGAGGAGAACGCAGGCAAUGCACCAAGCCCUAUGGCAGCUUUGCAGAUUCCAGUCCAGAUCACUCAUGUUUCUUCAUCUGAUUCCCCUGCUGCUACUGUUGACUCUGAGACAAUAACACUAAACAGUGGAACGCUGCAGACAUUUGAGAUCCUUCCAUCUUUCCACCUCCAGCCAACUGGAACACCAGGUACAUACUUACUACAGACAAGCUCAAGCCAAGGCCUUCCUCUAACACUGACAACUAGUCCUACCAUGACCCUGACAGCAGCUGCUGCUGCUCCAGCCUCCCCAGAGCAGAUCAUAGUCCAUGCCUUAUCGCCAGAGCAUUUGUUAAAUACAAGUGACAAUGUCACAGUGCAGUGCCACACACCAAGUGUCAUAAUCCGCACCGUUGCUGCUGAAGAUAUCUCCUCCUCUGUCACUCAGGCAGAACUUACUGUUGAUUCAGAUAUUCAGUCAGCUGACCUGACGGAUCCUCCUGAUACCCUAGAAACCAAUACCUUCCCAGAUGAUAUCCAUCAGUCCAAGCUGAGUGAUGAAGAACGGACAGCCUACAAUGAAGAUGAUGCCUCCAAAUUCAGCAACAGGAAUAGCAGUGAACUGAUGGAUGGAGUGAUGGUAAGAACCGAGGAGGAGAUUUCAGAUGCCAGUCUGAAACAGGAAGAGGAUUCUCAUUCUGAUUUACCCAGCACUUAUGUUACUGAGGACCUGGGUUCUCCAACAAUAGAAGAACAAGUUGAUCAGCCUACAAUAGAUGAUGAGACUGUGCUCAUUGUUCCUUCCUCCCAUGGUUUUAUCCAGACAGCAGAUGAUAUAGACAGCGAAUCAGUCUUGCCCCUGACAACACUAACAGAUCCUAUCCUACAGCAUCAUGGAGAUGGGUCACACAUCAUUGGCUCAUCACUGGGCAGUCCUGACUCAGAAAAUUCAAAGGAUGUUGAAGACUUAGUGAGCUGUCACUGA